CUGCUAUGGCUGGCGAUUGUGCGGUGCGAGAUGAGCAUGGAGAUGCCCAUGCCCAUGGAGAUGUCAGCGGUGGAGAUGAAGAUGGGGAUGUCGAUGGACUCGACGACCCCGAAGUCGAAGAGGGACUCCAUCCACGGACACUCGCCAUGUCCGCCAUUUUACCCUAAUUUCGGCACCUACCUCCCGCCUGUGAGCUUCUCCAAGCCGUAUGGACCUCCGACCUACCCCAAGAAGCAGAUCAUCGAGCUGCCCGUCCACUCGCCCGCCAAGAUCCAGUUCAUCCACAGACCCCCAGCAGUAGCGGCACCAGCGGUCAUCCAAAAACAGACGGUUUCGUACAUAAAGCCGGAAGUAUCUCACGCUUAUCAAACCGUGGUGAAACCGAUGGCGCAUCCGGUGCAGCCACUCUAUGCAACGGUCAAGCAGCCAGUUUGGCAGGAACCUUGGCAGGCUCCUCAACCCUGGCAGGCACCAGAACCUUGGCAGGCUCCACAACCCUGGCAGGCCCCACAACCCUGGCAGGCCCCACAACCCUGGCAGGCCCCACAACCCUGGCAGGCUCCACAACCUUGGCCAGCACCGGAACCAAAAGUGGUCCACGCAAAGCCGAUCACAUCUUAUGGAUCCAUUUACUCCAAACCUCUCAUCCAGCCGGUAUACGCGAAAGCUAUUGUCAAACCAAUUGCCUACCCCACGGUGCAUGUCAAGAAAGUCGAGGUAUCACCACCCCCCGUGCUCUACCACAAGCCUCAGGUAUCCUGCGACCCCCCUGCACCUGUCCACCCAGUUCAUCCCGUCUAUCCCGUUCACCAAUCGAUCUCUUACGCACCUGCUUAUCACCCCGUGCCAGAAAGUAAGAUAGUGCACAUCCAGGAGCCGAUUUCCUACGUCAAGGCUGCGCCGAUUUCCCAUUCUGUUUAUCCGAUCCACACCUCCAUCAGCACCACCAUUGCACCUGCAAGCAAAUGGUCAGGUGUCGUCAAGUGCACGGAUUAA